AUGACAGCUUCAAUCCUCGACAUUCUCGCAGAUGUUCCGUCUCGUUUUCGGGGCCCAGGAGGUGCUGUCGCCGUCUUAAGGGAUGGCAAACUGGCCGGCCAACAGUGUUGGGGAUAUGCUGAUUUGCACCGUCGAAUUCCAAUGACCGCCGACACCCUACUACCGAUCUGUUCCAUCACGAAGCAGAUGCUGUGCGGGCUGUUGACGGACCUGGAACGCAAUCCAACACCAGCCAUGAGAGCGCGCGGCGAUGAGCCUGCCGAGCAGCUAGCAGGCCAGCUCGGUCAACUGCUCGAUCCCAACUUGCUUCAAGAUACUGGCUUGACGAUGCGCCAUCUCUGCAACAAUCAAUCGGGUAUUCGCGACUACUGGGCCUUGACCGUCCUUUGGGGCGCGAAGCCUGAGGGCCACUUCUCAGUCGCUGAUCACGGCCCCAAGAUGCUGGCCAGGAUGAAAUCUUUCCAUUUCCAGCCGGGAACCGAGUACUCGUACGCGAAUACAAAUUUCUUUAUCAUUGCUCGCUGUAUCGAACAGAUCACAGGACAGCCGCUGGCAGAACUGCUCGUACAGCGAAUCUUCACACCUGCGGGGAUGGAGACGGCAAGACUGUGCGCAAAUACUGCGGAGCACCCGCCUCCCUGCGUUGGCUACGAGGGAGACGAGGCCUUAGGUUUCUAUCCUGGUGUCAACCGUAUUGAAUGGGCCGGCGAUGCCGGUAUCGUCGCUUCUCUAGCCGAUAUGAUCGCCUACGAGCAGUUUGUGGAUCGCAGCCGCGACGAUUCACAAAGCUGGUAUGGAACCAAUUCCGAGCAACAGAAAUAUAACGAUGGUACCCCUGCCAACUACGGUUUUGGCCUAGCCCGCCAACUAGUUGGAGGCGUACUGACUGUCAGGCACGGAGGUGCGCUCCGUGGAUACCGGCUGUCCCGGUCGUAUGCACCGGAGCCACGGGUAUCCAUUGUAGUCUUACUUAACCAAGAGCACGGUGAUGCCGGGGCAGUUAGUGACUAUAUCUUAAAGCGAGUGAUGGGCGUGCCUGAAGCCAAAAAUGAGGUUGUCAGUCCAGGGCCAGACUGGACUGGAGUCUAUCUAGACUCUGACACCGGACUAGCGAUCACUGUGGGCCAGGGUGGUGUAGGGGAGCUCCUCGUCAAGUACCAUCGUAAACCUCAAAAAAUGCGAGUGGUGGAAGCGUACAAGGCUCAGUCGGAUGGUAUGGUAGCAAGUCUGGACGGAACCACCCUUCAUCUCCACGUCCCUCAUGACAACCGGACUCUUCAUGCCCAGCGUGUUGCCAGCGUGAAGCCCGCUUCUAAUUUUUCUGAGCUUGAAGGUGAUUACCACUGCGCUGAGAUAGAUUCCGACUUUCACUGCAGCGGCUCGGGCGACAUGUUAUAUGGCACUUUUGAUGGCUUUCUGGGGCAGGGACCUGUACAUAUGAUGCGUUCACUCGGAGAGGAUUUAUGGGCUCUUGCAUGCCCCAGGGCAAUGGAUUCGACGCCUCCGGGUGACUGGACGAUCAUCGUUCGUCGGAAUGACGAUGGAAAGGUGGCCGGUGUGACUAUUGGCUGUUGGCUGGCCAGAGGGCUGCAGUUUCUCAAACAGUAA